AUGUCUCGCGCAUCUGGGGCAAGUUUCGCACAAUUCUUUCCAUCGGCUCCUCGAGCUGCGAAAGACAAAGCAAAGGAGAGGGAGAAGUCAAAGGCUCAGCAGGCAGAUUCGCCCGCCAUUCUUUCGCUUGCUGACACUCAUAUUAAUGCGAGAGCUUUGACUGACAAUGCAUCUAUCACACGUCUUUCAGAAGAUAUUUCAAUUCCCAUGCCGGACCCUCCUACUCUGACGACAGAGGAUACCGAAUCUGCACACGGCGAUACCUUGAACGGUGUAGGCUCAGCAAGCUCACACUCAAGUACUGGGUCAUCCCUUUUCAGCACCAACAAUCAGCUUUCCAACAGCAUGCACACAUUUGGUGGCUCGCGAAAUAUCAACGACUUGACACCAUUCACAAAUACCGACUCAUCACCUAAUCGUGUUGCGAGUCCCAGCAAUGCCAAGGCCGAUGUGUCUGUCAGCGCUACAAAUAACGUCGUUCGUGAAAACACAAAGUCUGAGCAUGUCGUCGCUAUACCUAAUUCUGCCCCGGCAGAUCAUACUCCCUCCGAGCCACGAGUCCUCGCUCGAGAUCCUGCACGAGGUGUGAAGGGCAAGAAGUGCACAUAUGAUCCUUUCCACGACCCCGCUAUACAUUCGACAAAAGAGAAACAUAAUCGCCGUCCACAUUACAAGGAGUUUGGUUUGAAAGAUGAUGCUCCCCCAGCCGAUCCACGGUUAGCAAAAGGAAGCAGAUUGUCGUAUAUCAAUACCGAUUACCACAAUGCUUUAUCACGUCUCAAUCAUUCGCCAUUUAUGCUACCAAAGUACAAAUACAACCCAAAAACCCAUUAUGGACCCGGUCCACCGACGGAAAUAGUUGUCACUGGAUAUGACCCAUUAAUAAAUUUCAUGAAGGUCACAAAUGUUUUUACACAGUAUGGCCAAAUAGCGGAGAGCAGCAACAAAUUACAUCCUGAGACAGGAAGUUGCUUGGGUUUUGGCACAUUUCGAUACCGAGACACUAAAAGGAAGGAUGGUUCAAUUCUAACGGCGGCAGAGGCUGCGAAAAAAGCCGUUAUGAGGGGUAGCAGCGUGGUAGGAUUAGGACCAAGAAUCAAGGUUCAAUUCGAUUCGCAGGGCAAGCGCAGCACUCGCAUGCUUGAGAGUGCAUUAGAAAAGUCCAAACCUGAACCUUUGCCCCUACCGCCCAGAGAGCCACCACCGCCUCCUAAGCCCGAAGUUGUCAAAACCUCCGGACCUCCACCAACCGCCCCAAAAGGUCCGGCUGCCCUCUCUGGCAGGCCGCAGUUUAGACCAGGCAUUGCGCAGCCUGCAAUUCCCACCAAACCGCGCCAGCAGAUAUUGAUCGAGGAUGAGCCAAUUGCCCAACAACUGGAGGAUGAGCCGUACAUAUUUAUUUCGAAAGAUUACGUUCCCGUUAUCCCAGCAACAAUUCUUCAUUUGAAGAAGCGACUGAAGAAUCACUUUCUGGAAGACGUACGGGUCGAUAGAACGGGUUAUUAUGUGGUCUUUGCUCUCAGUGAUGAAGGGAGAUUCGAGGCAGAAAGGUGUUACAACUCUUGCAACGGCACAGCGCUUUUUUCCUAUGAAAUGAUUAUGAAGCUAUAUGUAUGGGGUACUGGAGGUCGAAGACUUGAUCAUCGCGAUCGCACAUCAGAAAGGGGUCAUCAUCGUCGCACUCGUAGUCCCGACCCACGCUUGAUUGAGCAAAAACGGAAAAGAGAACUCGAGGAGAUUAGAAAGGAGGAAGAGGCUGAUUUUGAGGAAGAGAAACGAGAACGGGCAAAGAACUUUGAUCCCGCACGUGAAGCUAUAGAAGUUAUCAAACGAGAGUUGAUGACACAUCUGAUGGAUAAGGUCAAAGAACGGAUAGCAAAUCCAUGUCUGAGGAAUUUUAUGGAUCCGGCGAAUCACGUGGCGAAACGACGAAAGUUAAACAUUCAUGACCCGAAUGCCAAAACGCCGUUUAUCGAAGAAGAUGAAGACAAUACUCCAGCUAUUGGCACGCCUAACUCACGAUUUGAGGACCGUAAUGCUUUAACCGUAGGGAAAGUCAACGUUACGGCUUUGCCUAGGAUUCGAAAGAGGACCAAAACGGAAAAGAAACGCAAUGUCGGUUCUACUGACUCCAGUGCCAGGCCGACACGGAAAGCCUAUGUUCGACCCAUGCAGUUCCUUAUUGGUAGAGAAGAUGAAGAUUCGGAUGAUGAUAAUGAAGCUCCUUCUAGGACAAGAGGUACUGAAGAAAGAGAGUCACGCCCGAUAAGUCGUAUGAGUACCGAUGAUGAAGCAUCAGAUGAUGAUACGGAUUCGAUAAGCCAAAAUCAUGUUAAAGAGAGAUCUCCAUCAUUGGAUACCAGAGAUGGAGAGUCUGUUAGUGAAUCCAAUUUCUCUGAGCCUACGGCACAAACGAAGAAGAGGAAACUAGAGUUGCACGUGGAGGCCGCGAAAAAGCGACAAAAGAAGACCGAUGAGGAACUUUUUGGUGUAUCCGUGGCAAAGAUUGAGCCUCUUCCGGAAACCCCCACUCUUGAGACGAAUAUUCCCGAUAUUGAUGGAUUUCAAAAGACAGAAUCUGAGACUGAAGCUGCUUUGGCUGUGGCGGCUAGAAAGAAGGCCGCCAAAUCGGCAAAGAGAAAGAAGUCCAAGAAGCAGAUAUUCGAAGAAAGGGAAGCCCUCAAAAGACAGCAAGAAGGUAUCCCUGAGGAAGAGAUCGUGCCAGAGGAAGUCGAGGAGUCUGAAUUUGAGGAAAAUAUUGUCGAUACCGCGCCUGUGGUGACAUCAGUUGAAUGGGGUAUCUCCGGCGAAGCACCUUAUCCCACUGUUGAUGAUGAUUUUGAUAAUAUCCUCGAUAUCGACGGACUGCAGAAUAUUCUCAAGGACGACGAAGACGCUGGACCGGCAUUCGAAAUCUUCAAGACGGACUUCAAACUGAGCGACCCCGCUACUUGGGCAUGGAGGCAAGGGCAGAUCAAAUCUCUCAAUAGAAACGGAUACAAAGGUAUUGUCAAAGAUGAGACUACUGUACCUGGAUACUACGUGGAGACUUCGACAGGCUGUGCUCGAACUGAAGGUACCAAGAAGAUUCUGAACUCUGAAAAGUCUCUUUAUCUCCCUCAUCGUAUCAAGGUUCAGAGGGCACGUGAAGAACGAGAGGCACAAGCUAAACGAGCUGGUAAAGAUGUGGUUGCAGAAGCAGCUGAGGCAGCCAAGAUUGCGGCGGAGAAACUUCUUGCCAGAACUUCUGGUCGUGCCAAUCGUGUUAACAAUCGUCGUUAUGUUGCCGACCUCAACGAUCAGAAGAAGACGCUUGGUGGUGAUACUGAUGUCUUGCGUUUCAAUCAACUUAAGAAACGUAAGAAGCCUGUUAAAUUUGCCCGCUCUGCUAUCCAUAACUGGGGUCUUUAUGCCAUGGAGAAUAUCGCAAUGAAUGAUAUGAUCAUUGAGUAUGUUGGCGAGAAGGUUCGGCAACAAGUUGCAGAUCUUCGAGAAAACCGAUAUCUCAAGAGCGGUAUUGGAAGUAGUUACUUGUUCAGGAUUGAUGAAAAUACGGUCAUCGAUGCAACAAAGAAAGGUGGCAUUGCAAGAUUUAUCAACCACAGUUGUAUGCCAAAUUGCACGGCAAAAAUUAUCACGGUGGAGAAGAGUAAGAGAAUUGUCAUCUAUGCGCUGCGUGAUAUCGCACAGAACGAGGAACUCACCUACGAUUAUAAAUUCGAGCGUGAAAUUGGUAGUACAGAUCGUAUUCCAUGUCUUUGCGGUACACCGGCGUGUAAAGGAUUCCUUAAUUAA